AUGGUUACUCGAGGAGAAUCUGGGUUGCUUGAACUCAUCAAGUCAACUCAGGUUGAAGCUCUUUUAGGAGCUAAUGGAUUUGGUUUUCAUGCAAAAAUGAUUGCUUGGAUUACGGAGUGUGUCACCACUUCAUCUUUUUCUCCUAAUAUUAAUGGAUUGGUUCAUGGUUUUUUUAAGGGUCGUUGGGGUUUGCGACAAGGAGAUCCUUUAUCUCCUUAUUCGUUUACUUUGGUAAUGGAGAUACUUACACUAGUUCUUCAUAGGAAAGUGAGAAUGUCGGACAGUAAUUAUGCUAUGGUUAUUAUGGAAGGACUGGAGGAAUUUAAAAUGGCAUCGAGGCUAGUACCAAGUUUACCUAAAAGCACGGCGUUCAUUUGUAACGUCCUUAACCAUGUAAAGAUUUCAAUUCUUGGUAUUUUGCCUUUUGAAGAAGGUUUUUUGCCUGUUAAGUAUCAUGGAGUGCCACUUGUGUUUGCUAGAUUGAUGAUCCAGAAUCGCAAAGUGCUUGUUGAAAGAGCAAAGAAAAGAUUAGAUGACUAG